CAUAUACUCUAUUAUUGUGUGCCUUUCGUCAUUAAUUCUCAAACUGGGACGCUACCCAUCUAUCCACCAUAAACUUACCCAAUUCACUAAUUUAGAGUCCAACAAACAAGUUCACGGACACUUUCGCUCCACAAAACCUUCCAUAUCCCAUUUUCAUUCUCUUUGCUCUUUUUUUUUUUUUUUUUUUUGUUUCUCUAGUUGUAUGCAAUAGAUCCAAGCAUGAAUGACGAAAUUGUCCAUGAUCUUUACCUCAUCAAAGUAUACAAAGAUGGCCGAGUAGAGCGAUCCACAGACGAAGACACCAUCCCACCAUCUCUCGAUCACAAAACCGGUGUUCAAUCCGCAGACCUCGUCGUCUCUGCCGAAACAGGCUUAUCCGUUAGGCUCUACAUCCCUAAAACCGCCAUUAACACACCUCAAAAACUUCCUCUUCUCGUUUACUUUCAUGGAGGAGCUUUCUGCAUCGGAUCAGCCUUCUCUCCAAGCUGCCACAACUACAUCAACUCCAUAGUUGGCUCGGCAAACAUCGUCGCCGUCUCCGUAAACUACAGGAGAGCACCAGAGAACCCUAUUCCAGCUGCUUACGACGAUUCAUGGGAUGUCGUUAAAUGGGUAGCCUCUCAUUUAGAAGGGAAAGGCCAAUCCGAGUGGCUGAAUUCCAACGCGGAUUUAAACCGGGUUUUUUUCGCCGGAGACAGCGCCGGAGCUAACAUUUCCCAUAACAUGGCCACAUGGUUAGGAUUAUCAUCAUCAGAGGAAGUGGUGGGUAGAAUUAAGCUUAAAGGGAUCGUUUUGGUGCAUCCGUAUUUCUCGGGUAAAGAACCGAUUGGAUCCGAGGUGGAUACUCCGGAAAUGAAAGUUUUCAUGGAUGCUUUUUGGAGUUUGGCGAGCCCAGCAUCGACGGAUGGGUUGGAUGACCCGCUUAUAAACCCGGAGAAGGAUCCGAAUCUGGGGAGGUUGGGGUGUGAGAGAGUUCUGGUUUGUUUAGCGGAGAAUGAUUUCUUGAAGGAGAGAGGAUGUUAUUACGUUGAGUCACUCAGAAAGAGUGGAUGGAAUGGUGUUGUGGAGGUGAUGGAAGCCAAGGAUGAAAUCCAUGUCUUCCAUUUGCAAAAACCCGGUUGUGAAAAUGCCAUUGCCAUGCGACAAAGAAUAAUUUCUUUUAUUUCUCAGCAGGAUUAAAUAAAUAUAUAUAUAUAUAUAUAUAUAUUUGGUUUGUUUUUUUCAAUAUUUAUCAU